GACGCCGCGGGCCGUGGUAAACAGAGCCGUGAGGCGGCGGCAGCGGCCGGGCCGCGACGGGCAUGAGGCGGCGCUGAGGGGCCAUGGCGGCGGCGGCGGGGCUGGACCUCGAGCUCGACCCCGACUUCGCGCCGCAGAGUCGGCCGCGUUCCUGCACCUGGCCCCUGCCGCGGCCUGAACUCGCGGGCGCGCAGCCCGCGGCCGAGCCCGAGCCCGAGGCGGCGGGGCCCGGGGCGGCGGCGGCGGCGGGGCCCGGGGAGGCGGCGGCUGCGGCGGCGGGGCCCGGGGCGGCGGCGGGGCCCGGGCGGGCGGAGGCGGCGCGGGCGGCGCGCAAGGGCGGCUCCCGCCGCAACGCGUGGGGCAACCAGUCUUACGCCGAGCUGAUCAGCCAAGCCAUCGACAGCGCGCCCGACAAGCGCCUCACGCUGGCGCAGAUCUACGAGUGGAUGGUGCGCUCCGUGCCCUACUUCAAGGACAAGGGCGACAGCAACAGCUCUGCCGGCUGGAAGAACUCCAUCAGACACAACCUCUCCCUGCACAGCAAGUUCAUUAAAGUGCAUAAUGAAGCCACAGGGAAGAGUUCUUGGUGGAUGCUUAAUCCAGAAGGUGGCAAAAGUGGGAAGGCUCCAAGGAGGAGAGCUGCCUCCAUGGACAACAGCACCAAACUGGCCAAGGUCAGAGGCAAGGCCUCCAAGAAGAAGGCCUCACUCCAAACAGCUCCAGAGACUACUGCUGACAGUCCUAGCUCCCAGUUCCCAAAGUGGCCUGGAAGCCCAUCAAGGAGUAAUGAGGACUCUGAUGUAUGGACCAGUUUCCGGCCUCGAACCAGCUCCAAUGCAAGCACCGCUAGUACCAGGCGCUCUCCUAUCCUGCCCGAGCGGGACGAUCUCCCAGAUGAGGAGCUUCUCCCAUCUCUAGUGUUCUCCAGUGCAUCCAGCAAUGUCCCGCCCACCGUGACUGAGGAGCUUGAACUCAUUGAUGGGUUAAACCUGAUGUCACCCAGUUCUUCCAUGCUGCCCACCCAGCAGUCUGUCUCGAGUGGUCCGAUCCAACGAGAUUCCAGUUUCUCUCUGCGGACUCAGAGUACAGUUGGCCCGGCCUCUACUUUUGGCAACUCUCUGUUUAACCCUGUUGAUGUAGCUCUGCAGAGUCCUGUGAGCCGCUUCUCUGGCCCUCAGACCCUGGAAGCUCUCCUGACAUCCAACUCUCCACCUCCCAGUGAUGUGAUGAUGACUCAGGUGGAUCCUAUACUCCCUCAGACCGGAAGCAGGCUGAACAACCCGACUCUCCUGCUUCUAGGUGGACAAGCCGCCCAGAACAAGAUGAGCCCGGUCAACCCACGAGGAAAGCCUUCAGAGCAACAGCCAGAGUCUGGUGCUGGUGCUCUGCCAUCCACACUUCCCAUGGUGGCAUCUCCUGAGACCACAGCCAACUUGGCAACUCUGAAGGCUGCUGCCCAGCUAACCCAGCUGGGCACUCCACCACUUCUCCCUUCUGGUAGCCCUGCCCCCUUGGGAGCAACCCAGGACAAGCUGCCCACUGACCUGGACCUUGACAUGUACAUGGAGAACCUUGAAUGUGACAUGGAUUACAUAAUCAACAGUGACCUCAUGGAUGGAGAGGGCUUGGAUUUUAACUUUGAACCCAUUCUGUCUACUCCCAGCUACCCCAGCACCUCGCAGGCCUCCAACCAUACUUGGGUACCAAGUUAACUUCAGGAGUACAAAAAGUGUCCUUCAGGGUUUGACUGUUGGGUUCUGACUUCGCUUCCCACCCCCGGCAGAGUCUGAAAAGAAUGGAACGCAUUGGAGACGCAUUCCUGCGCACUGCCCCAGGCAGAUAGGGCUGCCUGCUGGGUGCCAGGGGCAACAGGAAGAGUUCUAGCAAAUCCUGUCAUGUGCCACUUCUCCCAAAAUCCUGCCCCUGCCCUGGACCUUCUGCAGAAGAGGAGUCCUGGGAAGAACCUUGGCCGGAGGCCUUUGUGCCAGACUGAAACGUUUCCCAUGCAGAAGGUGGGGUUCGCUGGAGGCGCAUACCAGUGACUGCCUUAACUCUGCCACGGCGGCAGGUCUCCCAGCACCUGUCAGUGGGGCCUGCUCUGUCCCCACCUUGCCUCUGGGGUGUGGAGUAACUGGACUCUUCCCUCAGCCACUGGCCCGCACUUGGUACCCCACAGACUUGCAGAGAAAUUGGAAGGUGCUGCAGGGUGGGAAAAGGGCAUGUUGGAUGUGUUGGAAAUUGCUUCGGCAUGACCCACUUCCCUCUGCGCCCUGUUAUGCUUUGGAAGGGACAGGGCCCUGCAGGGAGGGGUGCUCUCCUUUGUGCACCUGUGCAGAAUUGGGGCAUGCGAGUUUAUUUUCACUGUGCCAACUGGCCCCUAUUGAACGAGUAGCGUGGUCUAGAGAAGUUCCUCUGUCCUCAGCACUGUGCCGAUGCAGCAGGCUGCUGCAAAGUAGACACAUGGGUGCUAAUAGUCACUGCUGGGACACCAAACAUCUUGAGUCUGUUCCUGGGCUGCCUUGUUACAGCAGUCAGAAUUUGAAGCCUGGGUGUGGCCUUAACAGAGCCCUGGUUGCUUUUCAGAAGGGCAUUUUCUAUAGAUGACAUAUUUUUUUACUAAUCUGGGGGCUUUCUAUGACAAAUUUCAGGCCAAUGUAAGUGUCUCCAUUAGGCACGUUGGCCAUCUCUCCCUCAUGGAAGGGGCCGACUGAAGAUUUGCCUUUCAGAGCUGUGCUAAGAACACACUUUUGACAUUUGAUCAUGUGUGUAACUGGGUGGAAAGGAACUGGCAGGCCCAUGCUGUCUAGAACCGCCUGGGGGGGUGGGUUGUAAAUUACUUGUGAUCCAUGUGCAAAACUGCCUGCAGAUUGAUUAGAAACUUUUCUAAACCUUUUUAAAUACACACACACACACACACACACACACACACACACACACACACACACACACACACACACACACACACACACUCUCUCUCUCUCUCUCUCUCUCUCUCUCUCUCUCUCUCUCUCUCUCUCUCUCUUUAACUGAGGAACCAUGCAAUUAUUGGGUAAAAACAUGCUUUUAUCCCAUGGAUAUUAGAUGAACACUACAGAGGGGUGGGGACAAGCCUGUGGUGGCUGGGCCACAGCUGAACAUGCAGUGGCAGGUGAGGGUGGCAGGUCGCUGCAGUGUGUGGGAGUCACCAGGUACCCACAGACAUGCUUAGAAUGUGGCUGCAGCAGGCCAGCCUCUUGGGGUGCUUGGUCACUCCUGCCUUAGCCUUUCUUAAACUUGUGUGCUUGGCUGAGCCUUGGUGGGGAUUAAGCCCUAGAGUAGCAGGGUGGCAGCUGAGGCCUCAGGCUUAGGUUCCCUGCCCCACCGAUGAGGAGGGCUGGGCUAGGCCAGGCCCCUUGUCCUCACCGAUGUCCUGUGCUGUGCUUGUGGCCUGGUUGUUGUGGUUCCCAUUGCUUUCUCUUCAUGUUGCUGAAGUUGUGCUUCUUCUUGCCCAUGCUCACCUCCUAGACAGAUCUCUGGGAUGUGACAGGGCUGUGCCCCAUCUUGUCCUUGUUCAUGUGGGGGAAGGAGCUGAGGAGCCAAAGGGAUGAGGCGUGCUAUCCAAUGGCUUCCAAUCAGGCUUUGGGUGGUGCAGUGGCAGGAGUGGAGGGGGGUGUUUCUUUGCUGGGUCUAUCAAGCUUGUUCAUGGGGACAGUUGGUGACCUCCUUUGGUGUGUGGCUAACGGGUGCUCCCGCCAGGAGGUGUUGUGAGGUUGUUCCGCAUUCCCUUCCCGUCUGCUGUGUGCACUUUCAAGGGCCCCUCUGGUACUCCUGGGGACCAGAGCAGCACAAUAUGGUCAGGUGCCUGAGACAAGGCCCCUCCAACCACCUGCCUUUACCUUCUCCAGCACAAGGUGCUGAGGUGGCAGUCCAGAAACUGCAUACUGGUGCUAUCUGCACUCUAUACUUGGGUUCACCUGCAGAACCUGUCCAUGUGCCCCUGACUGUACCCCCUUGUGAGAUGCAGGCCCGGCCCCUGGGCAGCUGCCUUGAACCUGCAGCUAGAACAGCUGGUGGCUGGGGAUCCCUUCCUGCUGGCACCUGUCCUCUGGGCAAGCCAGCAGCUGAGGCCCUAGUUGCGAAGGCAAGUGGGUCCUAUGGUAUUGCUUGUACCAGCAUGCCAAAUGUAGUGCAGGCCAGCCCAUGAGUAGCCAGGUCUGCAGUGUCUGCUUCCAGCCUGUCAGCCUGGGUCCAAUCCUUGUACAGGAGUGUGGUGGUGCCCAACUGCCCUGUGGACCCAGGCCAACGUGUGUACAGCUCUGGGUGGGCCUCAGCCUCUGGCGCUCAGGUUCUCCCAGGGCGCUGCCGGCAUAUGCCCGUGCACUUGCGUGCUGGUCUGGCCCAUCCCGUGCAGCCCAGCUGGGGCUGGUGACCUUCCAUUUGAAGUGAUGUAUAGGCUCUACCUGCCCUAGCAUGGCCCUUGCUUUCCCUCCCUGCAGCAGUGCUGGAGAGGAGAGCUUUGCACCAGAGCCCUGACUGCUCCCUUUCCCAGAGGCAGUGGAAGUGUUGCCAAGUUGCAGAUGCUCUAGGGUUGGCUGCUGGCACUUGCCACCUUCCACAGUCCAAAAUCUGAUCUCCAGGCUGCUCCACUGAGGGCUGGCAGUGCUGCUGCAGCCCUGCCUGUGCUGUCACAUCUGGCACGGUGCAGACACCUCCCCAAGACAUGUUCCUACGCCUGUGCUAGCAGAGGUGCCUGGGCAGCCUGGAUCUCUGGGGCAGAGGAUUGUUCAGGGUUUGCUUGUCACCUCCUUCUUGGGGUAAUACUUCAGGGAAAUGGAGAGUAAGAAUGCAGGCUCUGCGCCACCAAGCUGAUGAUGCAGCCAAGCCACCUGCCUCCUGUGUUGUCAGGGAGAGAUGGGCAGACUGGGAUAGGUCCAUGGUGGGUGGAGAGGAGGAGGAAGGUGAUGGUAAAGCUUGAUCCCACUCUGCCCCUGUGCUUUGGUGUGGGGUGGGGAAGGGGGGCAGUGGCUCUGGAGGGGGCUGUCCUGGACAAGUGGGCAGGGGGGUAAUCCGGACAUGAGGAGUUGUACCGUCCAGCUGUGCAUUUCCUCUGCCUUGGCCAGGUUGGGCUCUGGUGGGGCACUGGUUACUUCAGGCCUGGGGGCAUGGAGCCUGGUGCCCGCACCAUGCCAACUGUGCGCUUUCUGCCUGCAGAGCUCACAGGAGUCCAACCCAUGGCCUUUGCAUGCACCUGGGUUGAGCUGGGUGUGGGGGCAGCUGCCUGGGGCCCCAGUCCCACAGGAGAAGAGCAGCCAAAGUUGGUUGGGGUCCCGUGGAUAUGUGGAAGUGCACAGCGCCUCUUUGUCCUAGCUUGCGUGCAGAGCAGCGGCCAAGUCAUUGUGACAGCAGGGGAGCGUUCUGGAGCCUGGGUGCAGCCCUCAGUGAUGUGCGUGCUGGAAUAGGUCAUGCUAAUCAGCUGUUCCAAAGGAAAUGCCUAGAAAGCUCUUAUUUAGGUCACCGCUCCUUUGUUUUCUUAUUUAGUUGCUUAUUUAUAGUGCUGCUGGAAUGCUGCCGGGUGGGGGUGGCUGGAGGGGCCUGGGGCAGCUGGCAUGCCCUGCCAGUGGCCACACAGCAGCUGGGGCCUGAGCCUUGGGCACUUCUUUCUGAUCAUGGGCCAGUGUGGGGUUGGACUCAGGCCAGGAGACAGAGCGCAGAUGGCUUGGGGUCCUGUCCUCAUUCAGCCGUGGAGGAGGCUUUGCAAGCCUGAUGUCAGCUAGGAGACAUGACUCCCCACAGGUGGGGAGGCCCCCUGGGCAGGGCAGCCCAGCACCACCCCUCGCACACGGUGCCCAGGCCUGUAGGAAGCAAGGGCCUCUCUGAAGCUGUCUUUGCAGGCAGGGCAGGGCAGGGCAGGGAGAGUGCAUUCUAACCCGGGGGAGAAAGUCCAGGCAGUCUGGCUCGGUCCUUGCGCUUGUGGCCAUGGUGGGGGUUGAGGGAGCAGAGAGGUGCAAGGGGGAAACCGCUUCCUGCAGGGUGGUGGUCACAGUGCUGGACACGUCUCCAUGAGGCCUGUGAGCACCAGCAAGGGGCCCGUCUCCAGGUGCAGUUGUAGGUGGGGCAGAGGCUGGGCCCUGUGUCCUGGCAGGGAGUUGGGAGAUGGUCCUAUGAACUGGUUGUUGCUGUGGCACAGCCCGCACCCCAUCCCCUGGGCCCUGGCUGGCUUUCCUUGCUGGCGUGGGGGCAAUGGCACUUGCUGGCACAGGUCUCUCACCCACCCAUUCCUCAGAGUUCCUCCUGUCCCACCGGCUUUGUUUGCUCUCAUGGUGUAACCGAAUGUUGCGGCGCUUUGUUACCACCGGUGCUACAAGGCUGUAGAACGUGCUAGACUAGGGCAGGAACGUCUGACAAAUAAACCUGUAAUCCUCUG